AUGGCGGCAGUAUUUGGACAAAUAGCAGAGUUCGACGAAUCAAAGGACGAAUGGCCACUUUAUGCAGAAAGGUUAGAACAAUACUUCGCAGCGAAUGGCGUAGACGAUGCGGCUAGACAAAGAGCUAUUCUAUUAAGCGUAAUUGGAGCUCGUACUUAUCGAACUCUACGAAGUUUAGUGGCUCCGCUGAAGCCUAAAGAGAAGUCAGUCGACGAAAUACUACAGACGUUGACAGAACAUUUUGACCCGAAGCCAUCAGAAUGUGAGUCAGUCGCUAAAUUUAAGGCAGAACUGCAGCGACUCAGUGAACAUUGCGAAUUUGGGGCGGUGCUUAGUGAUAUGCUACGAGACAGACUAGUCGUAGGUAUAAUGAAUAACCGUAUACAGCGACGGCUGUUGGCAGAAAAAGAGCUGACAUUCAAGAGGGCGCAUAACUUAGCGAUUGCACACGAAACAGCUGAAAAGAAUACCACAGAGUUACAGCAGAAGGAAGCAAGUAGUGCGCCUGGCAACCCAGAAGGAGAGUCGGUACACCAGUUACAGAAACAGCCUGUACACCAGUUGCAGAGGCAACGAGUACCCAAAGCAGUGAGGAAAUUGGCUCAGAAAGGAGACAGCGGUAGAAGUACAUACAAAAUCGGCUAUGAGGCGCAGUCAGAUACAAAUGAGAAUGAGGAGGUUAAUUGGCUUAGUGGCAAUAUUCACCCGUUGCACAAAGCAAAGGAGAAGCCUAUGAAGACAACGUUGACUGCACAAGGACAGCCACUCGAGAUGGAAAUAGACACUGCAGCGAGUGUCAGAAUUGUGAGCAAAACAACAUGGAAGUCAGUCUGGAAGAAAGGUGAAGCACCAUUGAAGGUUACAAAAAAGACACUGAAGACAUAUACUGGUGAGCCGAUACCUGUAUGCAGAAAGUUGGAAGUGUGGGUAGACACUCCGGAUGGACGCCGAUUGUCUCUCCCGCUUGUGGUAGUGGCAGGCUCUGGCCCGAGUUUAUUGGGAACAGACUGGAUUCGACAAGUACAAAUUGAUUGGGCAAGAGUUCAUCUUUUGGAGGCAAACCCUCACCAAGGAAAAGUGGAAGGGUUAUUGUUAUUGCACAGUGAAGUGUUCAGUGAUAGCCUGGGCAGAUUGCAAGGUGUAAAAGUGAAAUUGCCAGUGACAAAAACGACGAGUCCCAAGUUUAACCGACCAAGGACGAGGGAAACUCUGUUGCAAGCAAUUCCAGGAGUAGUGGUCUACUUAGAUGACAUACUAAUAACAGGAAGAAACGAACAAGACCAUUUGUCUAACUUAGAUAAAGUAUUGACAAAAUUGGAAGAGGCUGGACUAAGGCUGAAUAAAGACAAGUGCCGAUUCAUGCAAGCUGAAGUAGUGCAUUUGGGGCAUGUCAUCGACAGGACAGGUUUACAUCCGGACAAGGGACGAAUCCAGCAAGAGUCCGUCGUAACUUGUGAUGCUCCGUCGUAUGGUUUAGGUGCAGUAUUGGCUCAGAGAGGGAAGGACGGCAAAGAACACCCAGUAGCAUUUGCAUUGAGAACAUUGACGAAAGCGGAGAUGAAUUAUGCACAGUGGAAAGAGAAGCAUUGGCAAGAGUUUGUGCUAGUGUCAGACCAUAAACCACUGGUGGGAUUGUUUGGGGAAAAUACGCCUCUCCCACCAAUGGCAUCAGCGAGAAUUCAUCGAUGGGCCAUGAUCCUAUCAAGUUACAGUUAUAAGUUGCAGUACAACCAGGCCGUGACAUCGGUACUGCAGAUGCUUGCAGGCGAUUACACUUACAGCUACUGUCGACAACUGAGGAAGAACAACCAGAGACAAUUCAAUUUUUACAGCAACUGGAAUAAUCACCUGGUACAAUAUUAUGUUCACCAUGGCUGGCCUAAUAAGCCACUAAUCGAAGCGCUAACUCCUUACUGGCAAAGAGCAAGUGAAUUAGCUAUAGAAGAGGGAUUCGGAUUAUGGCGGUACGGGGUGAUUGUACCACCACAAGGGCAACAACGAGUUUUGGAAGAGUUACAUGCUGGUCAUCCUGGUGUGGCGCGGAUGAAAGGCUCAUCCAGAACUGGAUGGGGACAAGAAACAGGGAAUGCACCACCAAAGCUCCAUUGCGUCCCUGGUCUUGGCCUCAUCAGCCGUGGAUGA